ACAUACAAAUGAAGAAAAGCUCAGCUUCAAGUUAAUGUUAGCCUUUUUCCCGCCACAUUUUGCCCCUGAAUGGACCAACACUGUUAGCAUGACAGCCGACGGGGAACAGAAAGUGGAAGACGCGUUUACCAUCCAGGAAUCAGAUUGCUGUGGUAAUGGCUGUACCAACUGCAUAUUGGACAACAAACCUAAGCCCAGCCAGCGAGCGCUGCUAGCCGGAAAGCGAAACAUUAUUCUCAAGUACACCAGGUUCCGGCUGUUGCAGAGGGACAGCCACAAGGGCGAUGACCAAGUGCUAUUCCUACACUUUGCCGCGGAUAGCGACGAAAAGGAUGACUGCGUGCUGGAUAUUCCACCUGGACACCACGUAAUGCUACGCAUUGGCUCCCUGCUGCGCCCCUAUUCCCCCUACUGGACGGACUUUGCCAGUAAAGAGUUUAAAAUUCUGGUGAAGCUGCAGCCCGAUGGUCCCAUGUCAAAGAACCUGGCUGCCAUGCAACUCAACGAUAGGCUGGAGUUUCGUGGACCCAUUGGCAACUAUCAGCACGAUCCAGCCGUGACCAAGUGUAUUUUCAUUAUUGCCCAGGGCGUGGCCAUCGCCCCAACGCUGCUAUUGGUCGGCCAAGUGCUGGAGAACGAGGACGACAUGAGUCGCAUUUGGCAUCUGGUAUGCUCCCCCGAUCUGCAGCAUGUAUACUUUCGUGACCAGCUUCUGGAGUUUGCCAAAUACUGGAAUUAUCGCAGCUGCCUGUACGUGCCCCAUCAGCAAUGUGGCUCUGCUGCCUGUCUGGUCGCCGGACACUGUAUCCAGGAGUGCGACGAGCUGCGCAGGAGCCUCCGAUACAAGGAGAGGGUGUGUCUGCACCGACUGGAUGCUUCCGAGCUGGAGAGCCAUGCCAAUCCCGCCAUCCCAGGACUGCGGGUCCUUAUCAUAGCCGGCGAUUCAGGCUUCCAGCAGGCCAUGGGCGAAGCGGCUGCCAGGGCCCUUGCCGUGGCACAGGAGAAUGUUUAUUUGUUGUAAACACCAAAGAUUAAGGAUAACGAAAUGCAUGGUUAUACGAGGA